UGGAAGACGACGUUGCGCUUGAGGAUGAGUUCCUGCUAAUCCAAAAUCGACGAAAACAACGUCCAUAACAGCUUAUCCAUAACAAAUCCGUUAUAUAGCAUUGACAUAAUUAACAGCAUGGCCGCUCAGAAGAUAAAUGAAGCGCAUGAGCACAUAGCUAAAGCUGAAAAAUGCUUAAAGACAAGUCUGACGAAGUGGAAGCCUGAUUUUGACAGCGCUGCAUCAGAAUACGCCAAAGCAGCUGUUUGCUUCAAGAACGCGAAGCAGUACGAUCAAGCAAAGGAUGCUUAUCUGAAGGAGGCUGAAUAUCACACAGAAAACAAAGCGCUUUUUCAUGCUGCAAAGGCUAUCGAACAGGCGGGUAUGAUGAUGAAGGAACAAAAGAAGAUGCCCGAGGCCAUCCAGUACAUAGAGAAAGCCUGUAUGAUGUACAUGGAGAAUGGGACUCCUGACACUGCCGCCAUGGCUCUGGACCGGGCUGGAAAAUUGAUAGAGCCUAUAAACCUAGAGAAAGCUGUGGACCUGUAUCAGAAGGCAGCUGGCGUGUUUGAGAAUGAGGACCGCCUGCGUCAGGCCGUGGAGCUGCUGGGAAAAGCCUCCAGACUUCUGGUCAGGUUAAAAAGGCUGGACGAAGCAGCCGUCGCUCUGCAGAAAGAGAAGAACAUGUACAAAGAGAUUGAGAACUUCCCCAUGUGCUUCAAGAAAACGACUGCUCAAGUGCUGAUCCAUCUUCACAGAGGGGACUACGUAGCAGCCGAUAAAUGUGUCCGAGAGAGUUACAGUCUGCCCGGCUACAGUGGAAGCGAAGAUUGUGUUGCUAUGGAGACGCUACUGCAGGGCUACGACGAGCAGGAUGAGGACCAGGUCUACCGCGUGUGCAACUCACCUUUACUGAAGUACAUGGACAAUGACUACGCCAAGCUGGCCAUCUCCCUGAGGGUACCUGGAGGAGGAGGGAAGAAGAAGAAGGCUGCUGCCGCUCCACAAGGCGGCGCCAGUGGGGCGCCGGCUGCCGCCGAGGAGGAUGAUGAUUAUGAGGGAGGGCUGUGUUAGCCUUCAGCCUCCGGAGUGCCGACUCUACCCAUCUGCUGCUGCACCACAACACCCUCUGUGUACGACUUAAAAACCUUGACAAACCCUUUGAGCUCUGAGGCCCAGAUGUGUGGCUGUUUGAUCGUUAUUGUGCAACCAAUAAGAAAAAAAAAGCUAAUUUCAAACCCGCAACAGUUGCAGCUGGUGUCACAGGAGAGUCGAAGCGAGUUUAAGCAGCCUUUUCAUUUGUGUUUCUUUGAGCUGGAUCCUCGGUGUAAUGGAAAAUCUUCAAUGUUCAAUAAUGUAUGAAAGCCUGUUGUAUGUAAAUGCUCUAAUAUUUCUUGUCUCCGUGAAGCUGUAAAUUCUGCUGUUAUUGUCUGUGAGUAGAGUCUUAAGAUUGUUGUAGGUAUAUUAAAAUCAGAAACUCUAAAUAUGCUCUAAUGGGUUGAUCAAUGUAUAGGUGUUUAUUUGUACAGAGGUAAUUUAUUCAGUAUUCAUGGCUGCGGCCUGUUGAAAAUGUUACUGGAACAAUAUAUGCAAUCAGUUUGGUAAUGCAUGUUUGGAAUAACGGUGACUCAAAAUCAAAGCUAUGAAUUUGUGGAAACUCAUGCUUAAAAACGAUGGCACGGUUGUCUUUAGCACUGGCGCUUAUUCGAGUUAUUCAAGAAAUUUCAACGUAUGGUUCCUGAUGGCGCAGCUUGUAGCUAAUUGUAGACUGUUUUUGUUUGUCUACCUCAAGGUGUGUGUUAUCUUCCACCUUAAAAAAAAAAAGCUAGCCAUGGCUGUGUCUUUAUUUCCAGCUUCCACAGAACUAUCCUUGAAUCUAAGCGUCUAAAACAUGAAAAAGGGACCAUGCAGCGAUGUUUUCAGUGCAUUUUCCCCAUUGAUUUCCUUCCUAAUGCUGAAUUUAUAAUUUAGCUUAUUGCUCAUACUGUAAAUGUGAGAAACUAUUAAGACAAGAUGAUUUACCUGCCAAUUAAAAUUAUUCUGACACCACAUAACUAAAGGUGAUAAAGGGAUUGUUUACAUUUUUAUUUGUGCUGUUGCCCACUUCUCGAAUAUUCCUCCAAAGCAUAUCCAAACUUUGCACAUGCAUCAAUAAACAUUUCCAUUGUU